CAGCUUUAAAGGGGCUGGUGAUUGACAGAAUGUGUAGCAGUGGAUGGGGUGGAGCCGCUGGGUGGGGUCUGGGACCGGCAGCUGGGAGAAACCAAAAGGAAGAAAAAAGAAAACCAUUGCCCCCGAUAUCGCUAAUGCCGGGCGGGGAAAGCUAGUCAGAAAGGGAGGAAAAGGAGGAUUUUAGAGCUCACCUCCACUCCCACCCACGGUCAACUCUCUCAAAACCUUCUGUCUCCUUUGGAGAUAAUUAAAAUCGAGUAUACACCGGCCCUCGUCGGUGCCCAUUACCUCUAACUCUCCACUGAACUAGGUUUGCAGUACGAGGGAGUGAGGACCCCGAGUCCAUCAGCUCAAACCCAGCCCCGCCCCGUCCGUUGGCCCUGGCCCCAGGCUGGGAGGAGAGGAUGCCUUCGGAGGCGCAGAAUCCGAAAUACCCCCUACAUUAGGACAAAGACCUGAAAGUCAGUCUUCCAAACACAAAGGCUUGAAGGACCAAUCCAGGCAGAAUACUGGUUAUUAUCUCAAGUGAAGAAACUGAGGUUGAGUAGGGGGCUAAAUAGCUUAUCAAAGUCAUUUUGCUUCCUCAACCCUGCUGUCUCAUAAUCCAUGGGAAUGAGGAAGACCAGAUAUGGAUCAAUUCAUAAGCAACUUGGAGGUCCAACUUAAUCCAGAAGGUGGUUCAAUGCAUGUAUUUAAACAGGUCACUGGCUCUGUUCAGAUCAGAGAUCCCCCAAAGACAGCAGACAGAGGUAAUAUGACAUCUCUACCACUUCUGGAUGCCAACCCCAUGGAGAACCCAGCACUGUUUAAUGACAUCAAGAUUGAGCCCCCAGAAGAACUUCUGGCUAAUGAUUUCAGCCUGCCCCAGGUGGAACCAGUAGACCUCUCCCUUCACAAGCCCAAGGCUCCUCUCCAGCCUGCCAGCAUGUUGCAAGCUCCAGGCACUGGUGGCCAGCAGAUCUUGCAUGUGAUUCACACCAUCCCCUCAGUCAGUCUGCCAAAUAAAAUGGGUGGCCUGAAGACCAUCCCAGUAGUGGUACAAUCGCUGCCCAUGGUGUAUACUACUUUGCCUGCAGAUGGGAAUCCUGCAGCCAUUACAGUUCCACUCAUUGGAGGAGAUGGCAAAAAUGCUGGAUCAGUGAAAGUUGACCCCACCUCCAUGUCUCCACUGGAAAUCCCAAGUGACAGUGAGGAAAGUGCAAAUGAGAGUGGAUCCUUGGCCUUACAGGGACUACAACAAGAACCAGCAGCGAUGACCCAAAUGCAGGGAGAAGAGUCCCUUGACUUGAAGAGAAGACGGAUUCACCAAUGUGACUUUGCAGGAUGCAGCAAAGUAUACACCAAAAGCUCUCACCUGAAAGCCCAUCGCAGAAUCCAUACAGGAGAGAAGCCUUAUAAAUGCACCUGGGAUGGCUGCUCCUGGAAAUUUGCUCGCUCAGAUGAGCUUACCCGCCAUUUCCGCAAGCACACAGGCAUCAAGCCUUUCCGGUGCACAGACUGCAACCGUAGCUUUUCUCGCUCUGACCACCUGUCCCUGCAUCGCCGGCGCCAUGACACCAUGUGAGCUCCACAGUCCUCACUAGAAGAGCUGCAAUGGUCUCAUUCCUGUGUAUGUGCUGAGGUCAUGACCAUCUUUUCUUCUUUGACUUCAGCUUGCCUCUGGGAUGGGUUGGAGCAGCUCACUGAGCCAGGUUGAUGAGACUGGAGGAAAAGAUAUCUGAUUUCCCAUGGUGGCUCCUCAUAUUCCAUCUUCACCUCUCCUCAGCAUAGGUUGAAUAAAAAGUGUGGCCCCCCUGGUCAGAGAUGGGACAUUUUUCCUACAAUAACAAAACAGGAAUCCAACUCAAGGCUGUGAACAAACAUAUGCUGCUUUUUUUCUUUUUUUUCCCCUAGAAUUCUUAUCCAUAUUUUUUGAAUCAGUACUUAAAAGUGGUUGGUAGUGUUUUAAAAUGACUUAUUUUCAAGUUCCUAGACAGAAGCGGGCAUAACAGUAUAGUUUGUUGGUAGAAGGGAUUUGGGUCCUGAGCAUAGGACACAUUCUCAGUGAAUAAACUGAGUCUGUACAAAACUCAAAGGUUUUGUAAAUCCAAUCCUAAUUGUUCUUACAGUUUGGUUUUCACACAGUGCGGGCACUUCUGCUUCUUAGGUCCAUCAAAGGAAAUGAAGGGAUCUUCUUGUCCAUCUCCUUCACCUUCUUUCUUCUUUUCCUCAUUCAAGAUUAAAAAUUUUACAGCACAAUCACAUUCUUUGUUAGGUUAAAUAUUAGUUAGGACAACUAUUCAAAGCACACAUUGACAUGCCAGUAGGGUGAAAAGUGUUUCAGGAGAGUAUGUUGGACCAUGACAGGAAGAAUCAGAACCAAGAUAAUCUUGAAAUCAAAUAGAGGGGAACUUCCACUUGGAUAUGAUACUAAAAGUGCUGUAAUCAUAAACCUCAUUAAAAUGGCAGCCUGUUGAGACAGUGUCUUGAGGGCUGCACUGUACUGUCUAUUAUUUUGUUUACAUAAAGCAACUAUUAUGAGUAUAAUGCAUGAUGAAAAAUCAUACACUGGGGCCAUGUUAUAGAAAGGUAAGGGGUUGUAAGAAAAAUAUUUGUUCAUUCCAUGGCAUUAUUAGCAUGCAUUCCUGUGUUUCAAUUGGAAUAAGAGGCUUUUAGUGAUAACUGAAAUACAGAAAGCAAUAGGAUGUUCUGCAACUGCUGUGAGAGCACCUAUGCCAUUUCUUUUAGCCUUUACAGCAUGUUGCAUAAUAUACACAUUUGGUUACCAGAUCUGACUGUUUCAUAAUAGUCUCUGAGAUAUAAAACCCUGUGUUCUAGGCUCUGGACCUCAGAUCUACCUCCACAUGUCAUAUUUCCUCUCUGCGGGGAGAGGAAGUUUGCAUCACUUAACUUUGGACUCAGCCUCUCUCCUAAAGGUUGUAUUCAUAUGGAACCCCUUUUCCUUGGCAGAUAUUCAACCAGUCCCUGCUUAAAUAUUUUAGGUUACUACCUCCCAAGGUUUAUCCAUUCUGAAUAAAUCAUAGAAUUCUAGCACCAGUAAGGGAUCCUAUUAACCAUCUAGUCCUACCCAUCAUUCAUAUUUUACAGAUGAGACAAAUACGGGUCAGAUUCUUUUCCCAGAUGUUUCCUUGAGGCCUUAUAGACCUGUGCACCCAUUCUCCCAGGGAUCACAUUAUUAAACCGAAUUAAAGAAAACUUUACAUGAUUGGUUGCAGUAUUUGUCCAAUUCUAUAUGUUGUGUUCCAGAAAACUUUAGACU